UGCGCCUAACCCUUUAAACAAUGUCAAGUACAAGAUGAACUUCCGAAAAAUAUGAAAUGUCCUUUGUACAACAUAUUAUAAAUACACAUUAUACACAACAUAAACACAGUUAAAUUAUAUAAACAGUAAAGGCAUGUGAAAUAUCCUUGUACUCGUGUUAAACCUAAAAUAAUAGUUAAUGUAAAAUAUAUAUAUUGAAUCGGUUUUGCAGUUUACGAGAUAUUUGUGAACUUUUUACACAUCUGUCAUAUUUCCCAUAUAUUAAACGUAUAUAUGCUCUUGUGUGGAAGUCAUGUAAAAUGACAAUCAAUGAAUGACAGUGGGCUUUAUUUCAAACGUAUUCUAGCACCAUCCUGCUCCGCCACUGAUAAGAAAAUAAAAGAUUUCUCCCAUGGCAUGCAAUGUUUCUGCUGGUCUUGUAAGACAGUCGUAUACUGGAUUAAAUUAAGGUAAUAGGUCUCAGAAAGGUUUGCAAAAUUAUGUUUUAAUUUGUUGAAAAAUGUCUUUCAGCAGAAUUUUUUUUUUUUGUAUAAAUACUUAUUUCCCCCAGAAAGUGUCCCAACUAGAGACCGAAACAUAUUUGAGAAUUGUGAAAUGUCUGGACGAGCAUUGAUAACGUUACACACUUGCUUUGUUGAAAUCUGGUUUCCAUGGUUACUGUUGCCAUCGCAAAAGAUUCGUGGAGACGGGACAAGCCACCGUUUAAUAUAUAACUAGAAGUGACAGACACCCGACUAUAUUUACAUUACAAGAUGUAUUGCUAAUGUAGAUCAAGUGUAAUAUGUUAUUGUGCUUUGUUUGCUUUUUCAAAAGCUUACCAUAAAGAUUGAACUUUCUCCGCCGGAGUCUGAGCAACGUAAUGAAACUCCCUGCCAUUUACAUAGCUGCCACACCAGUGCACUGUCCUUCUCGGCCAUGCUCCCUCCAGCAGAGUCGCAGUCAGAUUGUCAGACCCAUCACAUUUCCUCUCAUCUCGGAGUUCUCGGACCAACUAUGCACCAGCAGUCAGGUUAUUCCAAGACUGAACCCUUUGUGUCCACUGCUGGUCAGUAAGCGCACCGUCGGUCUGGAAACUCAUGUUGCCCACCAUCACAACCAACAGAGGACACUGAUCAUGCAGAAGAGAGAACAUGCCAGGUAUCAUCAAAUAUGGCAAAGACCGUUUUAUGGAACCAGUAUGGAGAAAGAGGAGUACAGGAGGGACUUGCGUGAGCAGCUCAAGAGACAGAUGGAGGAGAAAAGUGUCCCACUCAAGCUGCAGUUGGCCAGCAAGGUGAAAGAAGCAGAGUAUAUGUAUGAGGUGGACCGCCUCGCCAUGUCCGCAGAAAGAGCGCAAGUGCUCCAACACAGGAAAGCAAUGUCCUCCUACAGAGACGAGAACAAGAGGCUAAUGGAGCAGAGGUGGAGAGACAGAGCAUUAACACACUCUCAGGAGGUCAUGAUGGAGAGGGAGAGGCUGCGCCUCAACCCCAUCAACUGGAGUGGAACGUUAAAAUAGGUCAGCAUUCGCUGUUGUCUCACCCAAGGCUUCCACUACUGCAAGAAUAUGCAGCAAACCCAAGAUUAUCUUUCAGAUGCCGAUAUGGUCACAAGACAACUGACUGCUGUUCAUCACUCAAAGUUCAUUCAAACCACCAAUAUUCCCUUGUGAUAAUUACAAAAACCUAAAUAAAAAAACACAAAAAACAGGCUAUGUUCUAUUUUUUUAUGUAACGAUAAAAGGAUGAAUACAGCUGAACAUGAAUUUAAAAGAAGUACUGAAAAGCA